ACUACAAUUCCUUUGCGUUUUUUGAGAAGACCAGAGUUUUUGGAGGUUGAUCGUCGGAUAAUUAUCACUUGGGCAGGUGGCUUCCAGGCUGUCGGGCGUAUUCAACGUCUUGGCCAUUGUCUUCGUAUCUUAUCCAGUAUCCCAGCAAAUUAUUUUCUUCAUGAUAAAGACACUAUCAUUCCGGCGAAACAUCAGCCAACUACUCCAGGACAUUCAUCGAGUGCUAAUUGCUGUAGCCGUGAUGCCGAUGGAAAUUUCUUUUCCUCUGUCUCGCGCCCGUCCCUCCAUGAAUCCAUUAAUCUUGGCUUUUCCGUUUCGAACGAGGAAAAGGAAGUUGGUGUACGUCACCGCAUCAUCAGCAGCUGUAACAAAAGUGGCACUUGUUGUAGCAACAUCAAUAUUAGCUGUAACAUAAGCAUUGCAAGCAGUAGUAGUAUUAGUAGUAAUGAUGGCAACCCAACUCUCAGUGGAAACGAUGACCUACCUGAUGGACCUUCUAGCCAGUCAUCUAGCCGAUUAACUCUUGCAUCUAGUAUGGGCAAUACCGAUGUACCUAGUAUCUCUGAUACCUUGAUUACCAAUGAUAAGUCUUCUAAUUCAUUGGUUGAUACCAACACUUGUCUGGCAUCCUUUAAACCAUUUAGCAUGGACGACGACUCCAAUUUACUCAUUUCAUCCAAUCAAGUUGCGAAUGCUGAUAUCCCACAACUGGGGAAUUCGCCUGUUGAAGAAGCCCAACAUAGACAUAUUUGGCUUUUCUCCGGUGUAUACUCUCCAAGUUUUUAG